AUUCAGGAUGUUUGUUAUAGUCAUCAAUGGAAUGAACAUUGUUCAGUGAUAAUGAAUGACGAAAAUAUUGAAUGAAAUGACAUUCUAGGAUCUUAGAGAUCACGUGGAUCACGUUGUUUGGAAAACAGUACCCAACUCUGGACAAUAUACAGUGUACUUAAACGAAGGACUGUCCUGAGGCAGUUCGUGUCACAUACGCUUAGCAUGCUUGCAUGUUACAUAGUAAUUAACUGAAUAAUAAUAUCUAGUCGAUAAUACGUUUGGAUGCAUUUACACGUUUAUACUAUUUGUACUUGGAGGGAAACUGGAAUGGAAAUAUGUUAAUCAUGGAAUCACACAAGCAAGUCUUCAAUUUCGAUAUUCUGCCCACAUACACAAGGAAACAUACUGCAUCUGUUCCGUUUAGAGUAGCAUCUCCAGUCGGCCUAUACCAAAUGUAUUUUAUCCUAGUCCUUUCUUUGGCAUAUUGUUUUGCACCGUAAGACACCAAGUGUGUAUUCCUCAUUGUUCCCACAUGCUUGCGAGUUCCUUUCAUUUAGAGAGGAUCCAGAUUCAUGGACACGCUCUACGAGGAUAUUUUUUCACGUUUCAACUCAUAGUCACUCUCUUUCUGUAUUUGUCUCUUUCUCUGUCAGUCUCUUUCCCUUUAUUUGUUAUUUUCGUUCUUUAAUUUUUGUUCUUCUUUCCCGAAUCUAUCCCUUCCCACGACUUGUUUAGGCUACAUUGUCGGACGAGGCCAAGGAAGUGUACAACAGCCUUGUGGAGACGCCCAGCAUAGAGACCUCGCCGGACACGAACCCUCUGCGCAUGUUGCGCUCUGGAUUGCCAGUUGUUAGGCCUAGGAUUCGUGGGAACAAGCACGCCACGCUAGGCUAUCCGGUGUCCCAUCAGGAUGACUUGGCUACCGACCAUUUCCACUUCGACGCCUAUCAUAGCGGUUCCAAAACACUGCCAAAAAUCAGGGCACCGCCACCACCACACGCGCCGCCGCCCCUACCUCAAUCGCGCCAUUUAGAAAGACAUCACUCAGCCCAGGAAAUAGAAAACAACCAAAACCAGAGUAACGUGGACGAGAAUCCUAUACCGUUACCACCUAGAGACAGGUCCAAGACGCUGCAACCAAAAUCUAGUUUACCUAGGCAUCAGAGGAAACAUCCUCUAAUUAUACCAGGUGGUGGUGUAACCAGAACUUUGGCCAAGAUGGCAGUCACCACGCCGCCCAUCGAGGACCAGGUGGAUGGAAGUUUGCAGAGUACGAGUUCUUCCAUAGCCAGCAGCUCAUUACAAGAGGGCUAUUCGUCAGAGAAUUCAGCUAAUAGUCCAGAAGAAUUCGAACAACGUAUAGACUCCGAAUUAGCUGCAUUGGAUUCGUUGCCAGCAGAUGAAAAUAGAUUACACCGUUUCAGUGUCAUCUCUGAGGAUCUGCUCGAGUUCUCCGAUAACCUGAUCGAUUGUGAUACCCCAGACUAUCGACAGAACAUGCAGGAAAACAGCGACAUACAAUCGACUGACUCUUCCACUGAACGACUCCAGAGAAAGGUUAGCAUCGAAUCAAAAACUUCAGUCAGAAGUUCUACUUCGAAGUACGUUCAAGAAAACGAGGCAGGUGAAGCAAGUAGAAAUUCCACUCCAUCAGAUUUAAACAAAUCCGAAGAUUCAAUGGUCUCUGGGAAAGGUGACCUUCUCACCUCUAACAAACUCCAAACAUCCAAAAGGACGCCAUUAGUUCAGAGGCCCUCAAAUUAUAUGAUGCAGUUCGAUUAUGGGGAAUAUUCAGAAAAUAAUUCACAAUCACGGUGUAAUAUGGGCAAACUACAAUCAGAGAUGUCGAAAGAACCUUCUAUUACUGAUUCGAAUGAUAGCUUUCAUUCUGCGGGCCUAACAGGUACUUACAAUAGGUUAUCUAACGAGAAGCUGCCAGGACAUACGAGUGAUCUGUCGCGACAGUCCGAUCAUGUUUCAUGCGAAGAUCUAUUGGAAUUCGCCUGUGACGGCCCAAACGCGAGGAGAACCCGUGGACCUCGAAACGGAGAACAGUCUGACGAGGUUAGGAUCAUGAUGAAGGUGCUGCAUGAACAGUCCACUCCAGAAUCAUGCAUAGCCGCGUUAAACGUUACUGAUUGGGAUGUGCUAGCAGCAAUUAAACUGGAACGUCUUCAGGGGUUGCUGAAAAAGGAGAACAACUUUGUUGGGCUGGAGGAUUGCAAGGUUAUGUUAAAUCAAUGUGGUGGUGAUGUCGUGAAGGCAGCCGCGUUAUUGAGAAGCACCGAUGACACUGCUGCGGUUUAGUCGAUAUUUUUCUGAUAAUUGGAAGGUUUAUUUGAGAUUAAUGAUAAUCUGACAUGUAAGCGUUUUUGUGGAACACGCUUGAUGGGGUUAGAUUAGGGUAGCAUUUUCAAAGUUAAAAUGUUUUUCCGUUUUAUACCCGCGCGAAUUCAUGCGACGUUUAUUUAUUAUUUUAGAGUUAGUUAGAGUGAGAUUAUAGUUUUCGAAUAUAUCGUUGUGUGUUGCCUGGGACAAGAUAGGCAUUUUGAUAGAGCUUUUGCAGAGGAAUGGCAUACAAUUGUCCACCAGAAAUGAAGUCAGCUAGUUAUUUUUACCUUCAUGCGUAUUAGAAAGAAUGUUCAAAAUAAAGCAAAUUGUAAUUAUUUUUUCUGGUAACUUAAUAUCAUACAGGGUGAGUUGUUAUAGGUUAGGAUAUUAAAUCUAGAGAACUGUCCAUUUGAAUACUUAUUAAAAUUCUACUCUAAAUAAUUAUAUUUGCUUUGGACAUUAUAGUAUCUUCCAAAUUAAGUAUUUUUUUUCUGGUGGGUUAAUCUGUACGGAGUAAUAACUUUUUCUAUUUAAUUCGUUAGCGAGAGAGAGAUAAAUAGCGUUUCUUCCUCUUCUUCGUCUAAUAUGAACGUAAUGUGAUAAUUUGCACAAUAAACGUGUCGCUCUGAUCAGGUUUUUGUGAUCGGACAAAUCGUACGUAAUAGAAGCAUAACUGAAUACAUAUAUGAGUGCAUAUGCAAUUUUGCGUCUUCAGUUAAGCAAAUGUUAAGAGAAAGUAUUACGAAACUUAUGACUAAGCAGUAAAUUAAUCCUUAUACCACGUGUUGCGCCGAUUAAAAAUUCUAUAAAUUAUCUUAUCUUUCGUUAGUUAUAUCUUUUCUGUUAUUUAAAAAGAUUACGUAUAAAGAAUCGCAUAUUUUAUACAGAAUAAUCAUUUGGUCAUCAUUAAAUGUCAUCUUGCGAGACCUAACCUACAAAUCAAACAAUUCAUUAAUUUUUUUCAUUACUUUUCAAUCUUCAAAACAUAAGAAGAUAUAAAAAGGGGAAAAAGAUGUUUUACUGCUAGAAACGAUAUUCGAUUCCAAAGAUAAUAUUUGCACGGUAUUAUUAUUUGGGUAUCAUGCGCACCAUAGAUUAGUGUUCGAUCGUAUUCAUCGUACAUCGAGUUUUUGUAACCGAGUCACCCCGAAUGAAAAGAGACCCACGUUUUUAUGAUGGUGAUUAGCAAACUAUUUUAUUCUGUAUUAAGCGCGAGUUUGUAUCCGAUAAGUGAUAGAUGUUAAAACACGUCGUAUGUGCGUAAUUAACGCUGAAAAUCAGCACAAAUGGGAGAGAGAAUGAGAGUGAAAGAGACAUGAGAGAGAACUGCUUGUUAUGAUAUUUUUAUUAUGAUUCAAUGUCCAAAAUCCUGGGUUGAGAAUUUUCUUUGCAGAACAUUUUGUAGCUCGUACAGGGGAGGGGGGAAUUUUUAUAUUUUGACCCGGUAGUAGGGUACGAUAAGCACCAAAUAUUAUGUAUGGAAUCUUUGUGUUCAGUAAGAUUGAUUUUUAUAUUUUGCUAAGCAAAGCUUUCGCGUUAACCUUGUUAAGUUAUAAGAGAUAUGUAAUUCGAUUCGACUGGGGGAAGGGGGGCAUAAAAGAGGAAAUUGUUAAUAAGCGUGCAUAAAAAACGAAUAAAAUUCAUGACACGUUUGAUUAACAAUCUCAUCGGCGGAGAUUUUUCUAUUACAGUUUUGGACUCAUUAAGUGUCUCAGGUAAAACAAAUUUCGUUUUUCUCUUGUGUAGUAUCUCCAAGAUCGUACAAAUCGUAGUUUCAAUUUCUAUAGUGGUCUCUAGCUAAACUUUGGAUUGCACGAUCUUCGAGAUACAGGGUAUGUUUGAAAAUAUUCAGCAAUUUGAUAAGUCGAACAACAUAUCCGGAAUAGAACUCGUUUGAAUUAGAGCAAAAUUGCAUACUGUUUGAUUGACAGAUAUUUUUCCAUCUUUUUUGUACGAGAGCCUUUUCUACAGACACUUCCUUUAGUCAAUCUUGCUAUAAUUGAAAUGAGUUCGAGGAACAAAUUUGCUCAUUGUAAUUUCGCUGACUAGUACCAUACGCGUCUGUAAUGUUUUAUUACGAGAAGAAUGUUAAACAAAAAAAAAAAAAAAAGAAAAAAUGAAGGGACAAUGUUAGAAUUGGUUACGAGCGAUUGGAAAUCCUUGCCGACCGUGCUUUGGUAUCCCUCAACGAAGCCAAAUAGGAGCUUACGGAAAUCGCCUAAGUAAUGUUACUUAGCCUCUUUUUGUAUUAAUAUUGAACAAUAAGGUUUUCGGUUCCUGAAUAAAAAUACACGUGUCGUGUAUUUUUUUAUGCUGAAUCCGUAUUAUAUCCAUCGUGUGUUGGCUUCAAGACAUGAAUGUGCUAGAGGACUGAGAAAAUCAAAGUAUCAGGGCAUUAAGAUUGCAAAGCUAGUAGAAAAUAAAGCUACACUGUUCAAGAUGGUCAGAAAAUUCUUAAACUACAGAUCAGUAUAAGCUAUUAAAACCUACAAUAGUGUAUUACCUUAAAUAAGUUAGUUGACCUGUGUGGUAUUGGAAGUUGAUUAAUAAGUGAUCUUCCAUUUAUGUUAUUUAAUUAAACUCCCUAAAUAAAAAUAACUAGUAGUCAAGACAGAAAUUCCCCUGAUUAUCUUGAAUAAGUUAACCAAGAAACAAGAGGAAGGAAGGUCCCUUCGUUUCUUGAGCUUCACGUGAUGGAGGCGAAGAUCUAGAAACAGAUAAAGUUCAGUAUAAAAAAAUCAAUUAUUUUUGCGCAGGAACCAGAAUAUGGGGAUAACUGUUGGGUUGGCAACUAAAUGAUUGCGGAUUUUGUCAUUACCAUCUAAUGACAAAAUCCGCAAUCAUUUAGUUGCCAAUCCAAUAGAAUCAAUCAAUUAAUAAAAGGUAAUGCAUCUGUAUCAGUUUUAUCUGAGCCAGCGUACUUACUCGAUUCUCAGUGUGAGAGACGCGUGGUACUUUAACGCGUUGACUGACACGGGGAUCAUCAGUAACACACGUUACUAAAUUUUUUAGAGCGAUUGAGAUAAAAUAAAUUUUAUGGAUCGACACAUUUUCAACAUUGUGAAUGAUUCAAAUAACAUUGUCAGAAGAAGAGUGCACAAAUGCAAUAUAAUAUUUUGCAAAAAUUCAAUGUUAUGGUGUAGUAUGCUGCAAUUUACUAUUACUCUCAGGACAGAAUAUAGGAAAUUCACGUAGCAGUCAACGUAUUAAGGAUUACCGACAGCAGAGCUUUUGUAGGAUCUUCUCGAAUUAAGUGCACGAACGUUUUACGUAAGAUCGUUUGCAGCCGAUAAGAUCUCUACGCGCUAACGAGCACGUUUCCUUUGUGCGGAUGAAUCCGGCGACCUCGGGGAUAGUAAUCAAAAAAUAAAACCCGCCAAAUCUCACGAGGGGAGAAUCGACGCCUCUUGCGGCAAUAGGAGUAAGUUGAUCCUAAUAAUCCGUUUUUUUAUACACGAUCUUACUACGAUAAGGUAACAUACGUUUGUACGUCUCUGUAUGGAUUAUUAUCGCGCGGAAACACGAGGAUGUUUUAUAUCGACUGUAUUUGCGAUAAUAUAUACACAUUCAUAAAUGAAAA